AACCCGUCCGGUGGGCACGGUGGCUUACGCCUUGGCCACAACCGAGCACAACCCGAAACACAGCCCGAAGAACACCGCAAUACUUAACCAAAACCAAAUUCACGGUUUCUCUGUGCCCAAAUCCGACCCGAAGCUCUCUACUCGGACCAUACUGGCAUGGCCCUCCAGAACUCUGGCUCAUUCUCCAAACAAACACCCGCAGCUGCCGCCAAUUCCAACGCGCCGCCGGACGACCCGACGAAAAAGGUCCGGAAACCCUACACCAUUACCAAAUCCCGCGAGAGCUGGACCGAACCCGAGCACGACAAGUUCCUCGAAGCACUCCAGCUAUUUGAUCGGGAUUGGAAGAAAAUAGAGGCGUUUGUUGCUUCGAAGACAGUGAUUCAGAUACGUAGUCAUGCUCAAAAAUACUUUCAGAAAGUACAAAAGAGUGGUGCUAAUGAACAUCUACCUCCGCCACGGCCAAAAAGGAAAGCUGCUCAUCCGUAUCCUCAGAAAGCCUCGAGAAGUGGUGCCUCACAAGUGCCAACUUCUGUUCAAGGGCUAGCAGCACUACCUGAUGCUGAAAUGGCAAGGAAGCCAGGUUUCUUGCCCAUAAUCCCUGCCACAUCUGCGUCUUUGCCAUCACGGACAGACAACAAUACGCAAGCAGGUAGCGAUUUGGAAUCAACAGACAGACCUCUUACUGAUACCCACUGUUGGAGUAGUAACAAGAACAGUUCAGCUGAACUGACAAAUAAGCGGGCUCAUGGAAAUUCAUUGAGAGUUUUGCCGGACUUCAAUGAAGUAUACAAUUUCAUAGGAAGUAUUUUUGACCCAAACGUGUCUGGUCACUUGCAGAAACUAAAGAAAAUGGACCGCAUUGAUGUUGAAACAGUGCUGUUACUAAUGAGAAAUCUAACCAUCAAUCUCAUGAACCCUGAUUUUGAGAAUCAUAAGAAGCUGCUUUCAUCUUCUGAAGUAGAUGGCAGGUCAGAUGGCAGAGAGGUGUAACAGUGAUUAACCUCUGAAAAACAAUCGAAAUGGUCAUAUUUCCUGCAUCUAGGAUUACUGGAUUGCUAACACUGUUUUCUGUUAACAUCCGCCUUUGCAGUUAACUACUGUACUUGUGUAUAUACUGAAUAACAUAGGAAAAAAUAUAUAUUGCAGGAAUAGAUGUAAAGCCUCAUGUAAAUUCGAGUGUUGACGCUUGUGCAGUCUCCAUUUUGGAGCCCUCAUACUAAUUUAGUGCGCUACUAUUUGCAUUCAA